GACACCGCUGCAUCUGAGCAUCUAGCGGCUUACAGUUAGAAGCAGGAGCACCACAGCUUCUGGAAAGGACUAGAGGCAGGAGCUGGAAAGGUACAUCACCAGGCACAUCCAGGGCUGGUGAUGUUCUCACCUGCAGACUUGCUCAAAGUUGCUGUCUUUUCCAUGGGGCCUGAGAGUAGGGCCAGGGACUCAGUCUGUGGCCCAGAGCUAAGCCACAGGGAAGAUAGCAAAGGCCACACACAGGAGCAGGAUAAACCUCACUGUCCAUGUGACCACGUCCUGGGCCAGGACUGCCUAGAUGGGCAGAUCUUAGGCCAGCUGAGGCCUCUGUCAGAAGAGGAGGAAUCCUCUGGGGCUACCUUCCUUGGGGAGCCUGCCUUCCCGGAGAUGGACUCAGAGGAUCUCCGUCUAGCCUCCUUUUACGACUGGCCAUCUACCGCGGGGAUUCAGCCUGAGCCAUUGGCUGCUGCUGGCUUCUUCCACACAGGCCAGCAGGACAAGGUGAGAUGUUUCUUCUGCUAUGGGGGUCUACAGAGCUGGGAGCGUGGGGAUGACCCCUGGACAGAGCAUGCCCGAUGGUUCCCCAGGUGUCAGUUUCUGCUACGGUCAAAAGGAAGGCACUUUGUGGAAAGAAUCCAGGCCUACACCCCCUUGCUGGGAUCCUGGGAUCAGCGAGAAGAACCAGAAGAUGCAGUCUCUGCCACUCCCUCAGCUCCUGCCCAUGGAAGCCCUGAGUUACUCAGAUCCAGAAGAGAGACCCAGCCUGAAGAUGUCAGUGAGCCAGGAGCUGAGGAUGUGCAGGAACAGCUGCGACAGCUGCAGGAAGAGAGGAGAUGCAAGGUGUGCCUGGACCGAGCCGUCUCUGUAGUCUUUGUGCCCUGUGGCCACUUCGUCUGCACCGAGUGUGCCCCCAGUCUGCAGUUGUGCCCUAUCUGCAGGGUGCCCAUCUGUAGCUGUGUACGCACAUUCCUGUCCUAACCAGGAACUACACUGCAGAGUGGGUACCCUGCCUGCUUCAGCCUGUCUCAGAUCAUACAGUGAGUCUGCUGGGGACACCCAGUGUCCACCACAAAUAGUAUAGCAUGGAGGAAGAGUUCCUGGUUUGUGUGAGGAGUGGUUCUGCUGUAGCUUUUUGGAUAUACAUGAAGAUAAUAAAGCAGAAGUUCUCAUCCUA